AUGGCGUCCACGCUCCCCGCAUCCGACGAGCAGGAACCACUGCUAUUUGAAGAUCUGGAUGUAUAUUUUUCUCAAGAGGAAUGUGUGAGUCUGCACACUACCCAGAAGACCCUCAGCAGAGAAACCCCAUUGGAGUGUUUUGAGGGUUUGGACUUGAUAGGAGGGGAAGACCAGACUGAACCCAGUCAGAAGUUAAGCCUAGAGCCUGUGGAACUUGAAGAGCUGUCCCUGGAAACAUACUCCAUUGCUGCACCCCUUGCCCAUUUCUCUGAUCAAUCUGAGGAGGAUGUUGAAAUACAUGAAAGGAAAAUGUCAGAUGGAACUUUGACUUGCAAGACGAAGCUUAUAAGCCUCUUGGUUACCAUUGACAACAAAACCCCAUUAGUAGAGUUAUCUCAAUGUUUAGGAGUCAAAACACUUUCAGAUAUUAUUGAAGUUCCUUGGGAAGAAGCCAAAAAUGUGUACAAGUGUCCUGACUGUGACCAAAGCUUCAGUGAUAAUACAUACCUUAUUUUGCAUCAGAAAAUUCAUUCAAGAGAGAAAAAGUAUAAAUGUAGUACCUGUGAGAAGACCUUCAGUCACAGAACCAACCUGAAGACACACAGGCGAAUCCACACUGGUGAGAAGCCUUACAAGUGUACCAAGUGUGCUGCCAGCUUCCGACAGCAGUCACACCUGUCUCGGCACAUGAAUAGCCAUUUAAAGGAGAAACCACAUACAUGUAGUGUAUGUGGGAGAGGUUUUACGUGGCUCCCAGGAUUGGCAGAACAUCAGAAGAGUCAUACUGAUGAGAAGUCUUAUGAAUGUGCUGACCACGAUCAGGAAACAAAUCUGGCUUUGCCUGAAGAAAGAGGCUCAUCAGACACACCAUCCCAGCACACACAGUGUGUGAAGACCUUGGAGCAGCCCUCAGAUCCUGCUCUCCCUGAGAAAGACCAUAAGGAGGACUCUAAACACUGCAGUAUUGAUGAUGAAGACUUUUUUUCAUUCUCCAGAUUCAAACCUUUACAGUGUCUUGAUUGUGACAUGACUUUUCCUUGUUUUUCGGAGCUUGUCUCUCACCAAACCAUUCAUGACAUGGAAAAACCUCAUAAGUGCAAAACAUGUGCAAAACCUUUUGCUUUAGAGUCAGAACUUGCAUCCCACGAGAAGAGCCACAGAAGAGAAGAGCCUUUUAAAUGUACGGUGUGUGGGAAGAGCUUCCGAGUGAAGACGCAGCUCGUUACUCAUAAACGAACCCACAGGAGAAACAGCAAGAAAUACCAAAGAAGGUGAGUUUAUACUGCAGGUCCUGCUGUAUAUCUUUUUAUUGUUUGUUUUG